CUACCCGGACGAAUAAUCCCUUAGCCCCGGAAAUCUUUGCGGAACCAUACCCGCAGGGAUUCAAGAUGCCGUUCGUUAAGCGUUACGAUGGGGAAUCGGAUCCCCAGGAACACAUAAACAGCUAUGUCCAGGUGAUGAUUGCUGUUGAUGCCAGCGACGCAUUGAUGUGUUGGUGUUUUUUGCAGACAGUAGAUAGCAAGGUUGCGGAUUGGGUGAAACACAUUCCUGCCGGAUCAAUCCGGACAUGGGAUGAAUUGGGAUUGCAGUUCUUAGAGCAUUUUGCAGGGAACUGCCGUCCCAAGAAGCAUUUCACUCACCUGGCCUCGGUGCGUCAGAAGCACGGAGAAUCCUUGAAGAAUUUCCUUAUCCGGUGGAGAAAAGAGUCCAGGGAGGUUGAAGGAACAACCGAUGACAAAUCAAGGUUGGCCAUGUUCAGGGCGGCAUUACAAGAUGGUCUCCUUUAUACCAAUCUUACACCUCAUCCCCCGGAUACCUUUGAGGAAGCAAUGGUCUGGGCCGGGAGGUAUGUGACCCUGGAGAAGAGAAAGGAGGAGAAGAAAGAAAAGACUCCCAAAGAAGAAGAGAAGGCGGGAAAUAAGAACCCGUUCAAGAACAAGAAGCAGGGUUUCCCGAAUGGCCCAAAGGACACAAGCCUUGGGACCUCGGAAAAGCACAAAUCUGCCAAUCCAGUCUUCACGUUGCCGGUGGCUGAGGUCAUGGCUCAUGCUGCACAGCAGGGACUCAUGACUUAUCCAACUUAUUCUCAGAAGGUCUGUAAUGUGGAGGACACUGGAAAAUGGUGCGCUUACCAUCACAAGAAUGAUCACAACACAGAGGAUUGUUAUACCCUGAAGAAUGAGAUGGCGAGGCUAAUCCGUCGGGGCCAUCUGAAGAAGUUCAUACAAGAUGGUGAUGCGGGAAGUCCCGGGAAUGCUCAGAAUGGGAAGCGUAGAGAUAAGGAGGUGGCCCAUGUUGGAACACGGGUUUACGCCUACGUCGUACUAAACUGUGUUCGCUUUUAUGACAGGUUUUGAUAAUGCCAAACCGCCGCGACAUAUCAAAGCUAAAGUGAGCAAAACUAAGGCGAAGGAACAUGGAAUGAUGACUUGAGAACCAAGAACCCAGAACCAAGAACGAAGAACUAGAAUUGUAUUGAGUCGGUCUUAAUGUGAUCAAGACCGGCACAAAAUUCCAAAUCUUGCUCUCUAGGCUCAAUUCAUAAAAAUCUCUUUUACAU